GAUAUUUAGGCCUAUUUAAUUUUAUAUUUGCAGUUUGGACUGUGUGUCAACAUUUACGCGUUCCUUUACACUGCUUUCAUAUGUAAGCGAUCUCUCGACCAAUAAUGGGCCAGACGGUGCGCAUCAAAAGCCAAAUCAGCCAAUCAGGCGCUUCUCGGGCAAAGCGUGGAGAUAGUUUUUAACAGGGUAGUAUUUAAUUAGAUGGAUGUGAGCCCUCACAGCACUUCAACCUCUACUGGACCGCCUGAGUGCGAGAUAUUGUGAAGGUUCUCGCAGAAGCGCACACGAUUUGGAUAGUUUUCCUCUGAAGCCAAUUGGAUACUCGGUAUGGCUUCUGGUGCCAGUGACUGUACAGAGAAAAGUAUGCAGUAUCGGGUGGAUCAUUUAUUGAGUGCGGUAGAGAAUGAGCUACAGGCUGGCAGCGAGAAGGGGGAUCCGACAGAAAGAGACUUGAAAGUCAGUUUGGAUGAAAAUGAACUUUGGCAAAAGUUCAAGGAAUUGACGAAUGAAAUGAUAGUGACCAAGAAUGGCAGGCGCAUGUUUCCUGUGUUAAAAGUGAAUGUAUCGGGUCUGGAUCCAAACGCAAUGUACUCAUUUUUACUGGAUUUCGUGGCAGCAGAUAAUCACAGGUGGAAGUAUGUGAACGGUGAAUGGGUUCCGGGUGGCAAACCCGAGCCACAAGCCCCGAGCUGCGUCUACAUCCAUCCGGACUCGCCAAACUUCGGUGCGCAUUGGAUGAAAGCGUCAGUUUCAUUUAGCAAAGUCAAACUCACCAAUAAACUGAACGGAGGAGGUCAGAUUAUGCUGAAUUCACUACACAAGUAUGAGCCGCGCAUUCAUAUAGUGCGCGUCGGUGGGCCGCAGAGAAUGAUCACCACACACUCUUUCCCCGAGACGCACUUUAUAGCUGUUACUGCCUACCAGAAUGAAGAGAUUACUGCACUUAAAAUUAAAUACAAUCCAUUCGCCAAGGCUUUCCUGGAUACCAAAGAAAGAAGUGAUCAUAAGGAAAUAAUAGAAGAUAUCAGUGAAAGUCAACAGUCUGGAUACUCUCAAAUAAGUAGCUGGUUUUUACCAGCGGCAGGGUCUCUUUGCCCUUCUGCAAACCCUCACACACAGUUUGGCAGCCCGCUGUCUCUAUCCUCAUCACAUGGCUGUGAACGUUACUCCUCUUUAAGAAGUCACCGGUCUAACCCAUACCCCAGCCCGUACCGGACAGCCUCUCCCACUGGUUACUCUGAAAACUCUGCCUGUUUGUCCAUGUUACCGUCUCAUGAUAACUGGUCCAGUCUCCAGAUGUCAUCUCACUCCAGUGUACUCCCGAUGGGCCACAGCUCGCCCCCAAACUCUAACUCCAGUCAGUACACUAGUGUGUGGUCCAUGGGGAACUCACCUUUGACCCCAGUGUCUCAGUCUGGAGGGAUGAGCAGCAGUCUGGGCUCUCAGUUCCUCCGUGGCUCUGUCAGUCAUUACAGCAGCCUGGCUCACUCUGUUACAGCGCCCUCUUCUGGAUCUCCUUUAUAUGACUCCACAUCUGUGCCUGAUGUGCAUGAGACAUCUCCAUAUGACAGUUCUGGCCAUGUGCGCAUUCCUACAGCCUGGACCCCAGUCACAACACCCUCCUUAUAGUCAGCUGACCCAAUGGACUUAAAUGAAAGCUUUGAACAGCUGAAUUAUCGUUACAUGUUCAUACAAAGACCCUAAUAUAUGACGAAAGCUGGAUUUUGUGUUUUUUUCCCAGUGCAGGUCUAUCAAGCAUUGCAUAUAGACGGGUUGCACGGCGACUUCAUUAACUGGUUGCGCGCGCAACCGAGAGGCAGAAAGAAGGGAUGUGCAUUGUGUUGUUGGCUAGUAGCGGUGUCUGUAAGUCAAAAUGCCAAGGAGUUGUUGCGUGGAAAAUAGUUACUAGCCUAACAUUAUAAUUCAUACAUGUAUCACAGUAACACUGCAAAAAUAAAGACAGAAGAACAGUUCCAACUAAAAUCAAGUUUUAUUUAUAUACAAACAAUAAAGAACGCUUCAAUAAUUAAGGUUGUUGCAGUAGUGGAUCAGCUCACCAAAAGCGCUUCUGCCUCCUGGAUGCGCGCGCACCCUGUAAUGUUUGUAAACCUGCAACCGUCUAUAAACUCAGUCUAUUUAGCCCUUAACUAAAAUCCCAAAAUCGUGCUGUCAAGGAUUGAAUGAUUUUGUGAUGGUUCCGGUUAUAUUCAUGAGUACUUUAGCCAAAAACAGAAGCCAUAUUGUCUUUUCACAUAUGUUAGUCAUCAUUUGAAUGGAUGAUGCUCUUGUACAUAAAGGUUAUUUAUAGUUUAUCUUUAAAAAUGGUACGUAAGUGCAAUUGUGCAGACAAUCAUUUGUAAAAUGUGUAAAUUGUAAUAUUGUUUGUUUGUUUUUUUGACCUCAGGAUUUCAAAGAUGCAUCAGUAUCAUGUGUUUUAAUAUGGCCACAUAUCAUUUUAUUUCACUUCAAAUCAGAAAAAAAUCACACACUAAAAAAUGUUGGGUUCUUUUCAUCCAAGAUGAACCCAACUGGUUUGGAUAUAAUUUAACCUAUGCUGGGUUGUUUUAAUGCAUUUUUGGGGCAAAUGUACACAUUUUCUGGGUUAAUUUAACCCAGUGGUUAGGUUUGUCCCUUUCUGACACAACGCCAGCUUGAAAAUAACCCAGCAUCAGAGUAUAUGACACUGUUGAAAUCACAAACAUAAUAAACAUAACACAGUUUUAUGAAUGACUAAAUAAAUGUCUUUUUCUUAAACAACAUCCAUUGCCCA